AUGGGUCCCAGGGUCACCUGUCCUUGGAGGGACCGCUUCUCUGGCUUCCAGGUAAGGACCUGGAUGGAGCCUCUGGUGGCCUUGACCCAGGUGGCUGGCUCCCUCUACGACGCAGGACUACUCCUGGUGGUGAAGGCAUCCUUCGCUGAGGCUGGAGGCUCCUCCAAUCACAGUGCCAACCCGUCGCUCGAGGAACCUCAGGAGGACCAAGAGCAGAAGGCUAUCUCCAAUUUCUACAUCAUCUACAACCUGGUGGUGGGCCUGACGCCCCUGCUGUCCGCCUAUGUUCUGGGCUGGCUCAGCGACCGCUACCACCGCAAGAUCUCCAUCUGCAUUGCGUUGGUGGGUUUCCUGCUGUCUCGCAUCGGGCUGUUGCUCAAGGUGGUGCUGGACUGGCCGGUAGAGGUGAUGUACGGGGCGGUGGCGCUCAACGGGCUGUGCGGGGGCUUCUCUGCCUACUGGUCCGGGGUCAUGGCGCUGGGGUCUCUGGGCUGCACUGAAGGCUGCCGCUCCUUGCGCCUCAUCCUCAUCGAUUUGAUCCUGGGCUUGGCGGGAUUCUGCGGGAGCAUGGUCUCAGGCCAUCUUUUCAGGCAGACGGUUGGGCACUCUGGACAAGGUCUCCUGCUUACCGCCUGCAGCGUGGGCUGUGCCGCUUUUGCUCUUUUCUACAGCCUCUUUGUACUGAAGGUACCCGAGUCUGUGGCCAAGCUCAACAAGGUGCAGCCCACCGUAGAGACCAUGCCUGGCAUGGUGGGCACCUAUCGAACCCUGGAUCCAGAUCAGCUGGAUAAGCAGAGUGUACCGGGCCCCCCUCUGAUUCCUGGCAAAGGGAAGCCAUCUCGAACCAUCAUUACCCUGCUCUUCGUGGGUGCUGUCAUCUAUGACCUGGCCGUGGUGGGCACAAUGGACGUCAUGUCCCUUUUUGUGCUGAGGGAGCCUCUCAAGUGGAACCAAAUGCAGUUGGGCUAUGGGAUGGCUUCUGGAUACAUGAUCUUCAUCACCAGCUUCCUGGGAGUCCUGGUCUUCUCCAGAUACUUCCAGGACACCACGAUGAUCAUGAUUGGGAUGGUCUCCUUUGGGUCAGGAGCCCUCCUCUUGGCCUUUGUGAAAGAGACAUACAUGUUCUAUAUUGCUCGAGCCAUGAUGCUGUUUGCACUCAUCCCCAUCACAACCAUCCGAUCAGCCAUGUCCAAACUCAUAAAGGACUCUUCCUAUGGAAAGGUGUUCGUCAUACUGCAGCUGGCCUUAGCUCUGACCGGGGUAGUGACAUCCACCAUGUAUAACAGGAUCUAUCAGCUCACCAUGGACAAGUUCAUUGGCACCUGCUUUGCCCUGUCCUCCUUCCUUUCCUUCCUGGCCAUUGUCCCGAUUGGCAUUGUGGCCUACAAACAGGUCCCAUGUUCACAACAUGAAGACGGGGCAGAGAAAUGA